GCACUAUAAAGACCGUACGUGACCGCAUAUAGUGUCACUCUUGUCUUGGAACAUGUUUCAUCCGAAGAGCCUCGUUGCUGCUUAACUGUCAUGGAGAUCAGCUCAGACGUGCUGCAGGAUAUCGCUGCCCAAAGUCAACCUGAGGUCAUCAGAUGGCUCAUGGAGCAAGGUGCACUGCGUAGCGACAUGCGCUGCAGACUAUGCAAUCGUCCUGCGACGCUGUUCAGCCCGGCUACGGGUACGGCAAGAUGGAGGUGCAGGAACCACGGCCACAACUGGGGGGAAUCUGUCUUUCAUGAUUCCGUGUUCAGGAAGUAUAAGAUUCCACUGAGACUCGCCCUGAAGCUGAUGCAUAUCUUCGCUCAUGACCGGCACACGUACAAGUAUUUAACCCUGGAGUGUUCGAGAACUGCCAGAAAAAUAGCGGAUCGGAUGAUCGUUCGCUGGCUGUCCUUGUGCCGAUCCGUCGUAUCCGUGGCCAUUCAAAGACAGAUUGCAGCAGAAGGUAAAAUUGGUGGAAGGGGAAAGAUCGUAGAAAUCGACGAAAGUCUCUUCGGCAAGCGGAAGUACCACAGAGGUCGUGUCAGGAAAGGUCAUUGGGUUCUGGGCAUGGUAGAAAGGGAAGCCAACCCAAACGCCAAGCGCGAAGGAGGCAAGCUGAGGGUUGUAGUUUGUCCUAACAACAAGCGGGACAAAGCCACCCUUAUACCGCUUAUCAGACGCUACAUCAAGAGAGGGACAACCAUAAUCACGGACUGCUGGGGUGGCUACAGAAACCUCGAAACUCUAGGUGAAAACCCUGAGCAAUGGAGACGACGUGGGAGGCGGAAGUACUACACCCACAAAGUUGUCAAUCACCGGGUUGAGUUCGUUACAGGACCGAAUCGUGAGGUUCAUACGCAGACCAUAGAGUCCACCUGGCGCGUACUUAAACGGUCGCUUCAUCGUGGAGGCCCUCAAAGGAAAGACAUUCAACGCUAUUUGGACGAACAGCUGUGGCGGAGGCAUGUUCAGAGGAUGGGACUUGACCCGUUCAUCAACUUCUUGGAGUGUGUUGGUACAGCAAAAAGUCGCGUCUUCUCGGGAACAGAGGGGCUCCGAUACCAAACACGUCCCGUCUCUCGCAACCAGAACUUGGGCCAUCAUCCAGCACGCUCUCAACGACGACACAGUGCUGUACCUAGCCACAGGCGUACUAUUACGGCUGUCAUACCACGUGUGCAUGUGUGUAUGUUUUUCAUUUUCGUCGCUAUUUGUUUGUUCAAUUGUUCAGUAAGCAAAUCUGACCGCCGGCAUCUCACAUCAUUCCUAUUUUUCAACCAUCAGAGCGUGCGGGUCCUUCUCUGCCACAGACCAACGCCGUGACUACAGCUGUAAUGGUUUCUGCACACCCAGGUUCGAACGCGCAGGCAGUUCGACGGGUACAAACAGCACGAAGACAUCGGAUGCAGCAGGUCUCACCUUACUCGCGACCAAACGCGUCAAGCGCGGCUCCAGCUGUUACGGCGACUCUAAGCAAUACAAACAACGUUCCCGUCAUUGUAAGUUUGGCCACCGCACCUUUCCCACUGCAGGUAAUGCCGACGCCCAUAAUUCUUUUGCAUCCCGGGUUCGGAUACCAACACCCGCUACCCCUGGGUUUUAACGCCCCUCAUGGCGGUGUGGCUUUCCCCCUGCAAAACACCAGUUUCAUUGUACAGUAGCAAGUAACAACAUUAAGACAUGGAUGUGCCCAAGCUGCUAGUCAAUAAACGGACGUUUAACUACCUACUCUUUGUGGUUUGUUUCUUUUCGCUUCAAUCAUUAUCUCCGAAGGGCAAGAGCAGCAUUUUCAUUACAACCGGGCGACGAACAUUACGGUGCACGGACAUUUCGGUGCAUGUCGGUGCGCGGACAACAGGGAAGAAAAAGAAAAAAAAAAAGGCGUUGGUAACUUGGCGUACUUCCGUAACUACUUACAAAAAAGAAAGAAGAAAAAGAAACAGACACAGUACAAUUAUUUCAUAUUAUUUAUUUCUGUAGAGGAGUAGA